GAGAGAGAGAGAGAGAGAGAGAGAGAGAGAGAGAGAGAGAGAGAGAGAGAGUAGUAACAGUAUUAGGUAAUGUGUUGGUGGUAGGUGAAUGACACACCUGGACAUUUUGUGGUGAGCAGUGUUGUUUUUUGCUCCUACUGUUAGUUUCAUUAUGGUUAGGUUAGGGUUGCUUAGUUUUAUUUAUUUAAUUUUUUAAUAUAAUAAAUUAAUCCCUUCGUUACCGUCCACAUAUGAAUGCAGUGUUACUCUUUACUCAUGAUAUAAUGUGUGAGUGUAUCAAUUUAAUCAAAAUUUUCCGGUGUUUCACUUUUCAAUUUUCAUAGUUUAUUUUGCUAGGAGAGAGACAUCUGGGAGGAAGAGCAAAGGCUGAUUUCCCGGCAUGUAAGCCUAAGCUUUGUUUUCUCUUCCCUCAGGCUUUGAAAUUUUGCUUUAGGUCUUAGCUUGAUCUCUAUCCAGCCUUUCACUCUCCCAGUCCUUCUUUGUUCCUCUUUAGCCAGCCUUUCAGCACACCACCAGUACCUCUGUCCCUUGUCCUUGCCAGUAAGUCCAUCUCUCCUCCUGCAGGCUUAUUCCACCUUUUGUGUGAGGGAGCACAGCUGCGUGUGUGACCAGCUGCUCAAGAUUCACUCCCACCCGCCCCUGGGACGACAAGUGCCGCUCCUCAUCAUCACUGCAGUCGUCCUAUUCAGACGUUCCAGUCUUUUCCAGCCUUUCAUAUACUAGCUGUAUUGGUGAUUUGUUACCAAGAUGGACAUCGACAUACUGAGAACUUUACUUGACUGUCAAGAUAAGGCAUAUAAAACUGCCUUAGAAAUCUUUCUGCAGCAAGUAAACGAAAGGAUCCAGUCGUGUGAAACAACAGUGAGCGACUUAACAAGGAGCCUGGAGUUCACUCAAAACGAGGUCGACGAAUUAAGAGGUGUAGUGAACCAACUGAAGCGGUACAAGGAAAACGCCAAGGAGAUGAUUGAUAGCUUGACUGAAGAUCUACAAACCAAAAACUGAGAAGAUAAAGGAGCUGGAAGAGAAGAGUGUGUACCAAGAAGAUUAUAGCAGACGCAAUAAUCUCCAAAUCACCGGACUGCCAGAACACCCCGGGGAGACAUGGGAGAAAACGGCGGAAGAGGUGAGCAAGCUUUUAGAGAAGAAACUACAACUACCGAAGAUGGAGAUUGAGCGAGCUCACAGAGUCGGUAAGCAAAGUGAACAACGAGACAGGCCAGUGAUUGUACGUUUUUCAAGAUUCAGCGACAGGGAGGCGGUGCUGAGAAACUGUCCGAAGCUCCGAGGUACCAACAUCUAUAUCAAUGAAGAUCUCCCUCUCACUUCCCAAGCCAUUAAGAGGGUGAAAAUGCCCUUACUGCGUCAAGCACGUAAUGAGGGAAAGAUCGCCUAUUUUAGACACACGAAGCUGAUUGUGAAGGAGAGACCUGGCGCGGUGGGCGGCGAAGGUGGCGUGGCGAGUGGCGGUAGUGGUAACCGGGGUUCACGAAGUGCUUCGGACACGACUGCCAGUGCAGCUGCUGAGCCUAUUGACGGUACUGGGGGAGCCACAGCCGUGCACUCCGAUGUUGCUGCGACGACUUCCAGUGCUACUGCUGCCACUGCUGAUUCUGCUGCUGGUGUCGAUGGAAGUGCUGCCUCUGUGGACGUUGCUGCCGCCGACGCUGCUGUGAACGUUGUAGCCUCUGAGGCAGGAGACAGGCAACGGAUACAGACGAGGAAAGGCAAGACAAAGAAGUAGUAAGAUGGUCUAGUACUAUUGUAUAUACGUAAUAUGUAACGAUACUUAAGAUAUAAGUAAUGGGUUCAUAUUGUUUUCCCUUUUCUCAUUUUGAUGAGUCAUUCCUAGACUAUAUUAAUGAUAACCAUCAAUUUCCAUUACAUAUUAUAAGUGAUUUAUCUUAUGAUCCCUUUAAAGAAUUAGAUUGUCCAGAUUCUGUUGAUAGUUAUCUUAUAGAUAACUUGUUAAAACAAAUUGAUUUGUCAGUAUUACUUUUGCCAAGAUUUAAAGACUAACUUACAACACAAUAGCCUCAAUAUCAUGUCAUAUAACAUUAGCAGUGUCCCAUUACAUUUAGAUUCUUUUUAUGAUCAGUGUUUAAAUGUUACUAGUGUAAAGUUUGAUGUGAUAGGAUUAUGCGAAACACGUCUCCAUGAUAAUAUAUCUUCUUUGUACAAACUAAACUCAUAUCAAGCAUACUUCCAGAAUAAGAGUAUCACUGGUGGUGGCCUUGCCAUAUUUUUACAUAACAUUUUUCAAGGUAAUACUCUACAGAACAUCUGUUUCCAACAACCACAUAUUGAGUCAUUAUUCCUGGAAAUUACAGGUAAAUGCAAGUAUGUGAUAGGAAUUAUUUAUAGACCCCCUAAUGCUUGUUUUAAUAAUUUUCUAAUGUCAUUAGAAGAAAUUUUGGAAUUCUUGACACUUAUGAUUCGGCAUGUUACAUAAUUGGAAAUUUUAAUAUAAAUUUAUUAAAGAAAGAAAUGUUACGUUCACCGGUUAAACUGGUAAGAUUGGCAUCGGGGAGCCGGUGAACAAUAACAAUAA